GGAGGAGGAAGAGGAGGGGGUGGGGAGGGGGGAGGGGGGUAGGGAGUCAGCACGGACAUGGCUCCUGACUCCAGUGCAGAACGUGAGUGACUGAGCAGCAAAGCCCGAAUGGUCUCUAGCGACCGGCCCGUGUCACUGGAGGACGAGGUCUCCCAUAGUAUGAAGGAGAUGAUUGGAGGCUGCUGCGUUUGCUCAGAUGAGAGAGGCUGGGCCGAGAACCCGCUGGUUUACUGCGACGGGCACGGCUGCAGCGUCGCCGUGCAUCAAGCUUGCUAUGGCAUUGUUCAAGUACCCACUGGACCUUGGUUUUGCAGGAAAUGUGAGUCUCAGGAAAGAGCAGCGAGAGUGAGAUGUGAAUUAUGUCCUCAUAAGGAUGGUGCUUUAAAGAGAACAGAUAAUGGGGGUUGGGCUCAUGUUGUUUGUGCCCUGUAUAUUCCUGAGGUUCAGUUUGCCAACGUUUCCACAAUGGAACCUAUUGUACUGCAGUCUGUUCCACAUGAUCGUUAUAAUAAGACUUGCUACAUUUGUGAUGAACAAGGAAGAGAGAGUAAAGCUGCUACUGGUGCUUGCAUGACAUGUAAUAAACAUGGAUGUCGACAAGCUUUCCAUGUAACCUGUGCCCAGUUUGCAGGACUCCUUUGUGAAGAAGAAGGUAAUGGGGCAGAUAAUGUCCAAUACUGUGGCUACUGUAAAUACCAUUUUAGUAAGCUGAAAAAGAGCAAACGGGGAUCUAAUAGGUCAUAUGAUCAAAGUUUAAGUGAUUCUUCCUCUCACUCUCAGGAUAAACAUCAUGAGAAAGAGAAAAAAAAAUACAAAGAAAAAGACAAACACAAACAAAAGCAUAAGAAGCAACCAGAACCGUCACCAGCCUUGGUUCCUUCUUUGACGGUUACUACUGAAAAAACAUAUACAAGCACUAGCAACAGCUCUAUGUCAGGCUCUUUGAAGCGCUUGGAAGAUACUGCAGCUCGAUUUACAAAUGCAAAUUUCCAGGAAGUCUCCGCACUUACUUCAAGUGGAAACGAUGUGUCAGAGACUAGAGGGUCAGAGAGCAAAGGGAAGAAAUCAGCAGGUCACAGCUCAGGUCAGAGGGGAAGAAAGCCUGGUGGUGGAAGGAAUCCAGGAACAACUGUGUCAGCAGCUAGUCCUUUUCAGCAAGGAAGUUUUUCAGGAACUCCAAGCAGUGUAAAAUCAUCUUCUGGAAGUUCAGUACAGUCUCCCCAGGAUUUCUUGAGCUUUACAGAAUCAGACCUGCGCAGUGAAAGUUACACUCAUUCCCAGCAGUCAUCAUCAACCAAAGAUGUACAUAAAACAGAAUCUGGAAGCCAGGAAGGGGGGGUGAAUAGUUUUAGUUCUUUAAUUGGUCUUCCUUCAACAUCAGCAGUUGUUUCACAGCCUAAAAACUUUGAAAAUUCACCUGGAGAUUUGGGGAAUGCUUCCCUUUCUACUGCAGGAUACAAACGAGUCCAGUGUUCUGGCCUUGAAGAGGAAACUGUAAAAGAAAAGAAGAGAAAAGGAAGUAAACAAAAUAAACAUGGGCCUGGUCGACCCAAAGGAAACAAAAAUCAAGAGAAUGUUUCCCAUCUUUCUGUUUCAUCUGCUUCUCCAACAUCAUCCGUAGCAUCUGCUGCCGGAAGUAUAACAAGCUCUAGUCUUCAGAAAUCUCCUACGUUGCUCAGGAAUGGAAGUUUACAAAGUCUUAGUGUUGGCUCUUCUCCUGUUGGUUCAGGUAUUUAUAGCAGCAAUGAUGUAGCAGUAUCAUUUCCGAAUGCAGUAUCUGGCUCAGGAUCUAGCACUCCUGUUUCCAGUUCUCAUUUGCCUUCACAGUCUUCUGGUCAUUUGCAACAAGUAGGAGGUUUAUCUCCUUCAGCCACAUCAUCCAUAACCACUGCUAUUGCUACAACUCAGGCAAAUACUCUAUCUGGAUCUUCUUUAAGUCUAGGUCCAUCCCAUAUGUAUGGCAAUAGACUAAAUCCAAAUUCAGCAAUGGCAACUCUUAUAGCUCACUCAGAAAACAAUCAAACAGAUCCAGAUCUUGGAGACAAUAGCCGCAGCCUUGUUGGCAGGGGAAGCUCACCCAGAGGAAGCCUCUCACCACGCUCCCCUGUAAGCAGCUUACAGAUUCGCUAUGAUCAAUCAGGGAACAGCAGUUUGGAAAAUCUGCCCCCAGUAGCAGCCAGCAUAGAGCAGCUUUUGGAGAGGCAGUGGAGUGAAGGACAGCAGUUUUUGCUAGAACAGGGCACCCCUAGUGACAUUCUAGGAAUGCUGAAGUCCUUACAUCAACUUCAAGUUGAAAAUCGAAGAUUGGAGGAACAAAUCAAAAACUUGACAGCAAAAAAGGAACGUCUUCAGUUAUUGAAUGCCCAGCUCUCUGUCCCCUUUCCUACUCUGACCACCAACCCUAGUCCAAAUCAUCAAGUUCAUGCAUUUCCAGCACAAACUGCUCCAACCUCAGAUUCCUUAAACAGCAGUAAGAGUCCCCAUCUAGGAAACAGCUUUUUACCUGAUAGUUCUCUUCCUGCACUCAAUCAGGACUUAACCUCCAGUGGACAAAGCACCAGCAGUUCUUCGGCCCUCUCCACUCCGCCUCCUGCUGGGCAGAGUCCGGCUCAACAAGGCUCAGGAGUGGCUGGAGUUCAACAGGUCAAUGGUGUGACCGUGGGGGCGCUGGCUGGCGGCAUGCAGACUGUAACAUCCACCAUUCCUGCCGUGCCUGCAGUGGGUGGAAUAAUUGGAGCUCUGCCAGGUAACCAACUGGCAAUCAAUGGAAUUGUAGGAGCUUUAAACGGCGUCAUUCAGACCCCUGUCACAAUAUCGCAGAACCCUUCUUCCCUUACCCACACAACUGUGCCACCUAAUGCAGCACAUCCACUGCCAACAACACUGAAUAACAGUGCCUCUGGACUAGGCUUAUUAUCUGAUCAACAAAGACAACUACUUCUACAUCAACAGCAGUUUCAGCAGUUGUUGAAUUCUCAGCAACUUACAUCUGAACAACACCAGGCCCUCCUUUAUCAAUUAGUACAGCAGCAGCACCACCAGCAGCACCACCACCAACCAGAACUACAGCAGCUACAGCUCCCUGGCCCAUCGCAGAUACCCAUAAAUAACCUCCUUGCAGGCACCCAGGCACCCCCACUUCAUCCAUCAACCACCAACCCAUUUCUCACAAUUCAUGGGGAUAAUACCAAUCAGAAAGUAACAUUCUUCAAACACAAGUUGUUGCCAGACUGAUGAGGUGAAGUUACAAGUCAACUAACAUUGGAUUAUACAGCAAUAUAAAUAUAUCUUUUGGUUAACAGAGACCAGAAAUGGAGAAGAAAUGAAGCCUUGAUGAGGAUAUGGGUGACAUUAUUACAUUUAGGCAGCUUUGGAGAAAUACAGAGAUGUGAGAGGAAGAAGGCCCAGAACCUAGGAUAACUGGAGAUAUUUAAUUAGCAUAACCAUAGAAAAGUGUUCUCUUUCAUGCCUCGUAAAUAGCAUCCCUGGAAAAAAAUAAGAGGAGUUAAAUCUCUCUCACUAUGCUGCUCAAUUUGAUUUUGCUUUUAUAUAUAAAGUUUAGAGUAUCCCAACCUCCAGAGACUAUUGGCUCUCCAGAAAAGAACUAUCUACCUUAUUCUAAAAAUCAUAUUUUGUGUUACUUGGCACUGAUCAUGACUUAGGAUGUUUUGUUUGCCCCAGAUUGAUUUGCCAACUUUGAUUUAAAAUAUUUUGAAUUUUAAUUGCAGAGACUUAAUGAUAAAACUGGGCCUGUUGCACAAGAGAAAAGUUGACCCAUAGAAACCUUUUGGAAACUCGUUAUCCUGCUGUUUUAGCACUUCUUAUGGUUGCUAGUGCAGCCCUCCUUUCUGCAACUAUGAAGAAUGCAACAAGGAGCUAACUGCACAGCAAAGGAUGAUUUGUCAUGAGGACAUUCUUCUAACGCUUGGAUUUACUUCCUUGUUGCUUUGUUGCACUGAAAUGGAACUCUUCUCCCCUUCUUCCCCAAGAUUUCAUGAACUUUGAAGGAAAGUUCAGCAACUAAUUAUUUUUGUCAAUGCAACAAUGUACAUGCAGUGAGUGCAUCGACCAUAAAGAGAAAAUAUAUCGUUGUUGCACUAUUUUUCGUUACAAAUUGGACUUAUAAAUAGCAAAACUGAAGACUUAUUCCAAUGACAAAUUACUUGAUUUUUAUUACAUAAAUUGAAAAGAAAAAAAGAACCAACAAAACCAUGAUCUUUUGCUGUGGCUAGAUAUGCUUGACUACAGGUCAAAUCCUGUUAACACAAUCUGAGGGACUAUCCAGAAUGUUUUCUUGUACUGGAAUUUUAUUGUACUGGAAAUUGCUUGAAAUAAAUGGGUCAUCAGCUGGGACUUGGGCAAUCUUUUUGUUAGAGAGAUUUCCUUCGUGUUGGGACUUGAUCUGUAUUGUUAAUCAAGUUAUGAUGGUAAUGUCUACUGCUAAAUGCUUUUACCUUAGAGUCGGUACUGACUUAUUUUAUAACACAAAGCUAUUAAUAACCUUAAGCAAGUUUUAGGCUGCUGGGUGAACAAGAUCAAUUCAUAUAAAAAAAAUCCUUUCCAUAAGAGAAGGCCACUCUGGAAAGUGUCGGUCAUGUUUGGCCUCAACCAAGUGCCUGGAAGUACCUCCUCCUUUGUGUUGAAAUGGCUCCAGACAGCGGAGCUUGCACUGUAGGCAGUCCUUGUAAGCAGUGGGAGUUUGGGACAUUGUACCAGCAGCCUUUCCUCUGGUUCUGCCUUUAUUAAAACUUUCUAUGCCACUGUAGAUAGCUCAGGCAAAACUAUUACCUGGGUGUUUUUCCACUAAUGAGUCACCAGAAAAGAAAAAAGUGGACAUGUAAGAAAGAUUUGUUUUGUUUAACUGCUUCCCAUUACUGCCAGUGAUUGAAACACCACAGUGUUUAAAACAGGUAAAACUUGUAUUACGACACUUCCACUUAGGGUAGCUAAGCCCCUGGUGUGACAGUAAGGCAGAAUAGAAAUUAAACAAUUGGGGCAAUAACCACUGAUCUGUACUUAAAUGUGUGAAUUAUUAGUGGAAAAGACCCAGCUGUAAUUAGACCUCCACUGUGUACUUAGCUGGAAGAACAUGUUAAAUUCUGCAAUAUGUCUCUUGGUUAAACAUUGCACAGUUCUUACCUCAUUUCUGUAAAUAAGGUUUUGUGAAUCUGUUUUGUAUUGUGAAAAAUUAAUAAGAAAGCAUUGAUAUUUUGAUUUGUAAUAUUUCUAAUUGGUAGAUUUAAUUGAAAAAGUAAAAAUUAAUUUAUUUUUAUAUGUUCAGGGGGAUUUUAAAGAAAUUGUCAAAUCAUUUUUGUAGAUACUUUACAAAAGUAUAAAUCAGUGUGGUUUAUUUUACUUAGCCCACUGGUUGUUAUUCUGUAACAAUUUGUAUAAAUGGUAAAAUUUGAAUGUGCUGUUAUUUUACCUAGAUGUAAAAUUCCAAAUGUAUUAAAAGAAAUGUACAAAGUUUUUUGUUAAUAAAAUUUAAUAAUGUUUAUAGCCCUGUGGAGAA